AUGGCCACCUCGAAUCGCUCAAGCAGCAAGAGGUUGCCCAUAAGUUGCCAAGCAUGUCGCUCGAGAAAGAUACGCUGCUCCCGUGACGGACGUCCGUGCCAGACCUGUGUUCGUCGAGGAUUGGGCGCUGAGGACUGCAUAUACCUGGGUCAGCCCAGGCUGUCCUCUGAGCAUGCCUUGACGGCAGAGUCUGCGGGGCAAACACAUCUGCUCGCACGGAUCCGCGACUUGGAGGAGCUACUUCAUAGACAGGCACAGUCUCAGUCAAGUGGCUCCGUGUCCCCGCAAAACUCUCCUAGUGCUACAGGCAGCUUCCUUGAGUCCGAUAGAGGUGUCGAGCUGAAGCCCAGCAGUUUGAGAAGCCCCUUGUUAAAUAAUGUGGGCACUCUUCAGACCUUUGCAUCUGGCUACGUUCGUUAUCUACCAUUCGCAACUCACGCCAGCCAACUUCAACUGAGUCCUACAGGUACAGGCUCUUCACUUCCCAGUGUAGACACUGAAAUACCAGAUGAGAGCGACGACCUUCAGAUUCCGUUGACGAAAUGCUCUGUUUCCAGAGAUGAGCUGGUAGCUAUUCUUCCGCCACGUCGGUAUUGCGAUGCGUUGAAGAAUGUCUACUUUCAAGUAUUCUCGCCUAUGUUUCAUAUCCUGCAUGACCUGACAUUUGAGGCCGAAUACCAACAAUUUUGUCACGAUUCCAGCAGCGUCACAACAGCGUGGAUUGCGCUACUUUUUGCCAUUCUGGGAAUUGCCGUCACAGCGCUCGAGGAUGAUGAGCCGUUGCUUUCCGAUUUAGGUCGUGAGAAGACUGUCACCCGUAAUAUCAAAGUCCUAUCAUCGCGGUAUCGAUCCGCCUCACUGCGCUGUCUGGCCGCAGAUGAUGUCCUGUCUCGUCACUCCAUCAAUUCUCUCCAAUCCCUUAUUCUGAUAAAUUACGCGCGUAUUCACCGGGGGCUUCCUACCUGGACUCUUUUAGGCUUCACACAUCAUGUCGCCAUAUCCAUGGGCUGUCAUGUUGACCCAGAUCGAUUCCCGCUCGGGCCUAUUGAGCGUGAAGAGCGCAGACGAGCUUGGGCCGGAGUAACAAUGCUUUAUACUACUCAAAAUACAGUUUUUGGCCAUCUUGGUCAUCAUAUACCCUCUCAAGGUGUGAAGCCUCCCUUGGAGAUCAACGACGUGGACCUACUCACGGGGUCUUUAUCUGAGCAAUCGUCGCGUCCAACACAAAUGACGUAUCUCCUGCUUGAAUUUCGAUUGGACAAGGUCUUGUCUAUGAUUUGUCAAACACUUUUUAGCUUCUGCCCCAAGUUCAGCCUCUCUCAACUAGAAGCGCAGGUUUUGGCUGUUCACGAGAUAUGCGACAGGCGGUAUCAGAUCAACCCGAACCUUGAACCUCUGCCAGUACACCAUGUCGCCAAUCUCAAUAUUCUUUACAGCUAUAUUCACCAGCUACUGUUGCUUCUACUUCGACCAGGUCUCUGCUGCUACCUCCAAGGUGAAUUUACACCAGAAACGUACGCCGCUAGAACGAAAUGUGUAGCCUCUGCAAAGGCAUCUCUCUCGAUCUAUCACUCGCUCCAUGAGUCGCCUCAGUUCGCCUCAUAUAAGUGGUACAACUGUGGGCUUGGAAGCUUUCACGCUUUCCACGCAGCUGUAGUCUUGUCAGUGACAUUGAUGUACCCUGAGAGUCAGUUUGAGUUUGUCGAGAUAAAAGAUAUGCUCUGGAAGUCACUGGAUGUGUUUGCUGCUUUAUCGAAUCGCAGCAAUUUCUGCAGCAAAGCAGUCCCCGUUCUUCGUCGGCUCAUUGACAUGGCCUGCACUAGAGGCCAACAGGCAGUCUUAACUGUGGACCCAAACACGGGCCUCAUAAGCUCCCCGAGCGACCUUACUCAGGACCUAUCGCCAAUACCUCCAGAGUAUAUCAUGGAGCCGCUCUUUGCCCAGCUCCAACCUCAGAGUUGGGUCAGUCCCACAUCUGUUUACUGGGACGGUUGGAAGUUCCUUUUUGAACGAGGGUAG